GGAAGUUCUGGUUGACCACAAGGAGAGGGAGAAGCUCCAAGCGAACUGGGUUGUUGUACGUGCUGCUGAAAGUGUGUUUCACAAGGUGAGCGACACGGUUGUGCGGCCCUGGCCUGUGUCCGUUGCCCAAGCCACACGGGCCUACAUGGGGAAUGAGUCGGCCGACUUCGUGUGGAGCUCCUUUGCGGAGACCUGGGAGAUCGCCAGCAAGCCGGCCGUGGAGUGCUCCAAUUACGCCACGGUCAUGGAGGACUGGCUGAGCUUCUGCAGGAACAAGAGCUUCGGCCGCACGGAGGCGCUGAAGCACUUCCGGAGCGUCACGGCGCGACACCAGCACUGCGGGAAGUACGUGGCCAAGUUCGUGGGUGAGAAUCGCUGCUUUAAGCACGCGAAGCCACUGCCGCUGCUUUAA